AUGGCAGCAGGUACGUUAGCGCAGGUAUUGGCCCGCUUGCCAUUCCCCAUUCCCCCAAUGCUCCACUUGCUCUCAUUCUCCCAUCUUGCUCUCUUUUCUGUGUGUCUGUGCAUGCGUAUCUGCCAUUUCCUGCCCGCUUUUGUUUAUGAAAAGGAUACAGGAAAGAGAAAAAAAAAUAACAAGAAAAAUUGA